GCACAAGUCUGUGUGAAGCUGCUCUGGAAUUGACUCAACACCAAUGAUCCCCAGCCAAAUCUGGCACACACCCUCUCAUGAAGAUGGGAAAUGCCUCAGAAACGUUUCUGAUAGUGUCCAACAUAUCGAAAGACAAUGACUUUCUUAUGGGAACUCUCUACACAAUCUUUGGUGUCCUGUCAGUGCUAGGAAAUGGGAUCCUGCUGUUUGUGGCCUAUAGAAAGAAAUCCUCCCUGAAGCCAGCAGAGUUCUUUGUGGUCAACCUCGCCAUCAGUGACCUGGGUAUGACCGUCAGCCUGUUCCCUGUGGCUAUUCCUUCAGCCUUCGCUCACAUGUGGCUGUUAAAUGAAAGCGCCUGUAUUUUCUAUGCCUUCUGUGGUGUCCUGUUUGGCCUGUGCAGUCUGACCAACCUCACCGUGCUCUCCUGCGUCUGCUGGCUCAAGGUUUGCUGCCCAAACUAUGGUAACAAGUUUUCAUACUGCCACGCCUGCCUCCUAGUCGCAGGGGUCUGGUGCUACGCUGCUGUCUUUGCUGUUGGUCCCCUGUCAGGAUGGGGGCAGUACGGCCCGGAGCCGUACGGCACGGCGUGCUGCAUCGAUUGGCAUGCACCGAGCCAAAACUCUGCAGCCAUGAGCUACAUCAUCUGCCUCUUCUUCUUCUGCUACAUUGUUCCUUGCACCGUCAUCUUCCUCUCCUACACAUUCAUCCUGCUGACCGUGAGGGGCUCUCGCCAGGCUGUGCAGCAGCACAUGUCGCCGCAGAACAAGAUCGCCAAUGCACAUGGACUUAUUGUUAAGCUUUCUGUGGCCGUGUGCAUCGGUUUCCUGACAGCAUGGAGUCCAUAUGCUGUUGUGUCCAUGUGGGCGGGUUUUGGUAACCCAGCAACUGUACCGCCCAUGGCUUUUGCUCUGGCAGCAAUAUUUGCCAAGUCCUCUACUCUAUACAACCCUAUCAUCUACCUGGUGUUCAAGCCCAACUUCCGCAAGUUCCUGUGCCGCGAUGUGGCCCAAUGCAGGAAUACGCUCUGUGGAUGUCUUUUCCGGCACAGUUCCCCACAGAAGGGAACCUGCAGACAGUCCCACAGCAGAGAGGAAUGCAAUGCUACAAGGUUGUCCAAUGGGCUACCAGAGAACCACGGCAUCUGCAAACACUGCACCUGCCCGGAAACAGUCCAGGAUAGCACAGGAAACCUCAUAGGCUCCAACCCGCAGCAGACUGCCAGGAUACUGAAAGGAUCAAUACUCAAUGAGGUGGCUGUCAGUCAGCUCUCCAAUGAGAUGCAGAGUGAUUUCCUCUAAAGAAACAAACAGUGUCAGACAGAAACAAGGGGAGAAAAAGAAAGACA